AUUCAGUCCAAUUAGAAGAUAUCGGUGGACGGUCGUGUGAUCAUGACCACGAAGGAAGAUGUAACAACCUUCGAGGCAGCUUUGGAGAGAACUGGAAAUGGACUUUACAACAUUUUGCUCGUGGCUACGUGCGGGCUGAUACUUCUUGGUAUCGGUGCUGAUCUGUUUGGGUUUAGUCUCGUGGUAGCUGCUGCCUGCGACCUCAAUUUAUCAGUCAGUCAGAAAGGCAUUCUCACUUCUUUACCCUUCAUUGGCAUUCUUCUUGUGUCGUAUCCGUGGGGUUACGUGGCAGAUACGCGCGGACGCCGGUUCGUUCUCAUAGUGUCUGUCCUGACGGCAUUUGUUUUGUCCUGCCUCGCUAGUCUUGCCACUAAUUGGAUACUACUCGGCCUGAUCAAGUUCGUGUCUGUUUGCUUCUCCUGCGCAGCAAACUCGGCAACGUACACACUAGUGGGGGAAUCCUGUAUUGCACGCGUUCGUAGCAAGUACAUGCUUAUAAUCACAUGUCUUAUUAUUGUUUCACCAGCAGUCGCAGCCAUACUUACAUACCCAACACUUCUGCUCUCGUUCAAGUGGAACGUACCAUUAUUGGGAAUUUCAUUCACACCGUGGCGAUUUUUAAACAUCGUUCUGGCAAUACCGGCUGGAUUAGGAGGGUUGGCCAUAUGCUUCUUUAACGAAUCACCAAAGUUCCUUGCAAAUUGUGGGCGGAAAGAGGAAGCAGUUUCUGUAUUGAAAUCGAUUUAUAGGAUAAAUCACGGAAAGAAUAAACAUGAUUUGCAGCUAUCAACCUUAGUGAUAGAGGAUGUCGCCUCAAAAACGGAUAAGUCUCUCUUCCGCGCCAUGCAAGAGCAAAGCUCCCCUCUAUUCAAGCCGCCUCUUCUAUUGCGGACCGUGCAACUCUACUUCAUUGUCUUCGUCGUGUACAUGACUAACAAUAGUUUCCUCGUGUGGCUCCCAUAUAUUCUGAACCUUGUGAGAGCUUCCUUGGAGAAGACCAGCGAUUUUAACAAUCUCUGUGAGCUGAUAUCAACACAUUCCAGCAAUAAAACAUAUAUGCAUGAUAACUCGACUGAGGGUCCACCGUGUCUUGGCCACAUAGAGGAGAACAUAAUCUUCACUCUCGUCAUCUCACAGUUCACUUUUUCGUUUCUGAACUUCGUGAUAUCCUACCUGAUGAAAUGGAGACGGCUGGUUCUCCUAAGUAUAUUAAGCCUAUCAACCCUAAGUGGAUUGCUGAUCAGUUUUAUGCCAGAACCAAUAUCCAGUGUAGUAUUAUUUAUGAUGUUCACAUGUACCAAUUUGGGUAUGGGCAUUUUGGCAUCGUACUUCGUGGAUCUAUACCCUACGUCUUGUAGGGGAAUGGCCACCUGCCUCAGUAUAAUGGUUGGAAGAACCAGUAGUUUUAUUGGUAUCAAUAUCGUCGGGAACACAAUUUUUACACAUUGUGAAGUAACUUUCUACCUCUGGGCUCUAUUGGUCUUAAGCAGCGUUCUCGUGGCGUGGUUUCUUCCGCCAGACAAAGUCAAAGAAAUUCCCAGUUAAAAUUUUAAUCCUAAGUAGACAUAUUUUAUAACUAGAACAAUUUCGUGUAUGAAGCGUUGACGUCUGACUUUUUUAUUCAAACUAAUACAAUUUUGGGUUGAGGUAAUGAAGUGGUACGUCUAUGUGCACGCCAGUCUAAUGGCCUGUUCUUCAUGAAAAGAGACUCAUGUAUAACUCAACCUAACAAGUUGCAAGAGGUGAAUUAAAUUUUACUGUAAUAGAACGAAUGAAAUUGACAUAUUGGAAUAUAUGAAGUUACUCUACUUUUUCCAAUGUAGACAAUAAAUAUUAGCACUUUGAAACUUAUAAAAAGAAGUAUAUAAGGGCUAAAUUAUAUAUUUAGUCAGUAUUCAAGUGUAAUUUAAGCACGAUAAUAUUAGAUU